AUGUCUCAAAAAAAGAAGCCGGUAUCACGUGAGCUUGUCAUACUACAAGUUUUGAGCUGGCCGAAUGAGCUGUCCGUGCCGAAGGACCCGACAGACAUGACUUUGGUCGUUAAUCUUGCUCGUGAAUGCAACUCCCAAGUUCAGCCGACAGGACCGAUUCUG